AUGUCCUCCCCUACUCGCUGUGCGAACAGAUUUCCGGUCGCCGGUGCUGUUCCCUCCUAUUGGAGAAAACAAGUUGGCCCCAUCGACAAUCAUCGCAGCACCAAAAACCUUGGCACCCAGGCAGAUGUUGUGAUUGUUGGUGCAGGGUAUGUUGGAGCAUCGAUAGUGCAUCAUUUGAUAGAGGAAACUGCGCGCUGCGGCCGUCCACUUCCAUCGAUACUUAUCCUCGAAGCUCGCGAAGCUUGCUCUGGGGCUACCGGAAGGAAUGGCGGUCAUUUGAAGCCUGACCCCUUGUUUAGAGCGGCCAGUGUCCUUGAGACGCAUGGCAAAGCAGUCGCGGAACAUGUGGCUUCUUUUGAGGCUCGUCAGGUCGAUGCAAUCAGGGAUCUAGUUCAGCAUGAGGAUGUCGACUGUGACUUCGAAACAACGAAGGUCGCAGACGUGUGUUUCUACAAAACAGGCCGCGAUAAGAUGAAAGCCGAUCUUGCAAAAGUCGCAAAAGCAGGCAUCUCCACAGCAAAAGAAAUAGAGUAUAUUUCAGGCAGCGAGGCCGAAAGGGUGUCUGGUGUUCGAGGAGCAGUGUCUUGCCUUAUAUACGAUGCAGCACGGCUAUGGCCCUACAGGCUUGUUACGCAUCUGCUAGAAAAGGCAGUACCUCUAGGAGUAAACUUACAGACAUUCACACCUGUCACAAACGUGUCGGCAACACAUGCAGACGCAAAGGAUCACCGUUGGCUUGUCCAUACACCACGCGGCUCUGUAAAAACCAACAUCAUCGUGUAUGCUACUAAUGGCUACACUUCAGCCCUAGUCCCGGAGAUGAAAGAUAAUAUUGUCCCUGUAAAAGGCAUAGUUGCUCGGCUAGUUGGCGCAAAUGCACCGAAGUUGACAAAUAGCUAUAUGAUGAGGUUCUCAGACUACGAGUACGACUACAUGAUCCCACGGCCGGACGGCAGCAUCAUCCUCGGAGGUGCAAAGCGAGAUUACUACAAAGACUUGAAUGAAUGGUUCGACGUGUCUGACGACAGCAAAGUGAUAGAGAGUGCACGACAGUACUUUGACGGAUACAUGCAACGACAUUUUUACGGCUGGGAGAACAGCGGUGUCCACACAGAAGACGUUUGGACUGGUAUUAUGGGGUACUCAAAUGACGGCUUUCCAUAUGUUGGACCAGCUUGCGGCCGCCCCGGCCAGUAUAUCUGCGCGGGAUUCAGCGGGCACGGCAUGCCCCAAAUCUUUCUCUCCGCAAAAGCAGUGGCAUCUAUGAUCAUAACAGGUGACACAGAGAAGGUAGAUUUGCCUGCGCCAUACCGCAUCUCUCAAAGCAGGUGGUAUCAGCCAAAGGAACACGUCUCUCUGAAGAUGUGGCAACAUAUUACAGACAGCGAGUCUGCUCGAGCGAUGCUGUGA